AUGUACAAACGACUACAACGGAAAACUUCCAGCCUUUUAUUAAUUUUUAUACUAAAACUAACGGUGUCAUUGGUUAUCGAAGAAUAUUCACCUAUUGCAAUAAGCCGCCAAGAAAACCAAAAACAGCUGUGGUCAUCGGUAUUGAGACAAAUCGAUAUGGAAGCUUAUUUUGAUUAUGCUCUUAUAGUUGGUGAAAUCCAACAGGAAUUUCUAUUGGACUUACUUGAAGUGGAACUGAAGAAAUGUGUUUUACUAAAUGGAAAUUUUACAGUUAAUUAUGAUCUAGAUAUAUUUGUUAAUAAUUUCAUAAGUAUAGUGUUUAUACCAAAAAAUUUAUUAAAAGAGAAAGAAAAUAUAGAACCUUUUAUAAGGGAUUUGGGUGAUAAAUUGGAUUUAAAACGUUUUACACGUUUAAUAUUUGUGGAACAGCAGGUGACAGUAAAGGAAAGUGAAAACGCAACGAAGAUAUUAUUGCAAAUGUGUAAAUUGUAUAAAUUUCUUAAUGUCAUAGUGGUGUUUAAGGACUUUCCCAACAGCCAGAUGUAUUAUUCAUACAAUGCAUUUCCUUAUUUUGAAGUGGUAAAAAAUAACUAUAAUAAUCAGUCCUUUAGUGGGGAACUGUAUCCCAGUAAAAUGAAUAAUGUAUACGGCGAGAUAGUAAGAACUAUACCUGACCAAAUAAUGCCCAGAUCUGUGGUAUAUACUGAUGCCAAGGGUCAGUUACGUGUCACCGGCUAUAUAGCACAAUUUAUACGCAUGUAUGGUAAAUACAUAAAUUGUACCAUUAAAUAUCCCGAUAAUUUGGUAGCAGGAGAAGUUUUAUUUUAUCGCGAUUUUUUUAAUUGGACUAAAAUGGAUUUAUUAGAUAUACCUUGCAGUAUAACACCCAUGGCAGGUGAUAAUACCAGCAAAUUAAUGUCGUAUAUGUAUGAGGUAUUAAACUGGUGCCUAAUGAUGCCUGUAGAGCAGCCUCUCACCUAUCAGGAUUUUUUGAAGGACAAUAUAAAUAUCUAUACUAUAGUGGGUAUUUUAAUAAUGAAUACCAUUUUCACUUCUCUACUAAUGACUUCCAAACGCUUACUCUGUUUAAGUAGAAAACAAAAGUUUUCUUGGAAUUUAGCCGAUAUCUUGGCCAAUCCCCAGGUUAUAUUAGGCCACUUGGGUUCAUCUUUUUCACUACAUCCUCAUCCAAUUUUAUCGUUACGCAUUAUUUAUGUGUCUUUAUUUUUAUCGGGACUUCUAUAUACCACCACAUUUUCAGUACAACUCAAUGCUUUUCUUACUCAUCCCUCAGUCCAGCAAAUAAAUUCCCUGGAUGAUAUGCUCAAAUACAAACGUAAAAUUUUAGCUGCCCAAAAUGAAUAUAAAACCCUACUUAAAUUAUCGGGUUCUACUUUUCUACCCUACCUAUCUCUCUUUCACAUAAUAGAUUCUUAUAAAGAAUUUUCGGAAAUUCGUGGUUCCUUUAAUACUGCCUAUUCCUAUCCCGUUACCUCUUCUGUCUGGCAUGUCUAUCAGACACAACAGCAGCUGUUCUCUAAACCUCUAUUUCGUCGCACAGAUCUUUGUUUCGUUAAUUUAGAUAUAAUGGGUUUUAUUUUACCUCCAAAUUCUUUGCAUAAACUAAAACUUGAUACUCUUAUAACACGAGUGCGUGAUAUGGGUUUUGUGCAUCACUGGCUGCAAAAUAAUUUCUAUGAUUUAGUUAAAAUUGGCAAAAUGAGUUUGUCCGAUAUAUCAGUAAAUGCUGAACAUAUUUCGUAUAUACAAGCUAAAGAUUUCUAUUAUGUUUUAUUUACAAUGCUCAAAGCGUUUGGUGUUAGUUUGGCGAUAUUUUUAAUAGAAAUUUUUUGGUUUUAUCGUUAUUCUAUUUUAAGAUUAUUGUAUUUGAAACCUAUUAUUAUAUGA